AUGGCGCUCGUCCAUUGCUCGUUCCAGCGCUGCGUCAACCUCGCCGCACCGCGCACCGACAAGUGCCAACUGCAUCGGUUCCGGAGUGUCUGCAGCGUACCCGACUGCGUCAACCAGGUCUACGCCCGGCACCUCUGCGUGCGCCACGGCGGCAAAAAGACGUGCCAGCACCCGGCAUGCUCGGCGAAUGCGCGGUCGGGUCCCUUCUGCACCAAGCACGGGCGCGCCCCCGAGUCGGCGCUCUGCACGAUCAGUGGGUGCACUAAGGCCGCUCACCUGCGCCGACGCUGCAUUCAACACGGCGGCGGCAAGCCAUGCCUAGUCCCGAGCUGCAACGCCAACGCACGAGCGCGCGGCGUGUGCUGGCGCCACCGCUUCAAGCCACAGACUGAACUCUUCGGACCGUUGAUGGACCCUGUGGAGCUCUCAGAGCUUGAACGGGGGGAGCUCGUGUCGCUGCUCGAAGACUGGCUGGCGCUCGAGGCGGCAUUCGAUGACACUGCGACGACGGACGAGGCAAGGAGUGUCUCGUCAUCGCUCAACAAUUCGAUCGUUUCGUCGUAG